UCUUGAAACAUGGUCCUCUUUGGGCUGUAGGGUCCUGACACUCCUGUGAUGUUUAUCCUCUCUCCUUUGCCAUUCUUUCUCUGUAAUGUAUGUUCGUUCGUCACUUCCACCUGACUGGUAAAGGUUGCAGUUACAUGAACAGGUCUUGCUUCUUUUAUUUUCCCUUAAUUUUUUAGAGUGCUUUAGUUCUUUUCUAUGUUUGAGUCUCUACUCUUCCUGGGUGAGUUAGAGUCCAAGGCUUUAAUGACGGUUUAUAUAACAUUAGCUUCCAUGUUUCUAUCUCCAACUCAGACCUAUCUGCCUAUGGACUACUGUCAUCCUUUCUUAGACAGCUCAAAAAUUCCUCAAAAUCAACAUGUUCAAACAGAAAUCUUUGAUUUCCUCUCCUAAAGAAGACACACUAGCAAUAUUUCAUAGCUCUGAAAGGCACACUAAUCAAUGAAGUUAUGCACCCUCCAAACCUAGGAGUUAUCAUCUUUGAGACCCCCUCAUUCCCUAUAUCCAAUCCAGUAUCAAAUUUGUUUUCUAAAUACAUCUUGAAUCCAUCCACUUCUCUCUGCUUUCACCUCAGCUCCCAGAUGCAGCUACCAGCCUCUCUACCCUAGACCACAAAGUGAUCUCUUCACGGCCACGUGCUCCCUCCAUUCUUUCUUGAUAUUGCAGUCGGACCAAGGUUUUCAAAAUGCAUGUCUGGGGACAUCCCUGGCAGUCUAGUGGUUAGGACUCUGCACUUUCACUAUCGGGGGUGUGGGUUUGAUUCACUUCUGACUCCCUCCCCUUCCCCAUUCUCGACACACAUCUCCAUAAAACCAUUUAAUAGCUUCUUCUUCUUCUUAGGAAGGAGACAGUGUUCUUCCAUAGGGCUCGCAAAGACCUGCUGCCUCUGGCUCCUGCUUACUUUUCCAGCUCACCUUGCAAGGCACUCCCUGCCACUGUCUCCCUACCUUUUUCCCUGUGACUCAUAUGUGCCAGGCCCCUCCCACCACAGGGCUGCUGAACAUACUGUUUCCUCCGCUUGGACCAGUCACCUCUCCCCUCUUUGCGUGGUUAACUCCUUCUCAGCCUCUGGGAUCACAGCUUGAGCAUUAUUUGCACAGGGAAGACGACUUGGCCUUCACUGAUGAAUUCAGGCAUCCUUAUCACAGCCUCGCCUGGCACCAGAUACUGAUUCAUUACCGUUGCGGUCGUCUAUUUAUUUGUGUGAAUACCUGAAUAAUUUCUCUCUCCCCUCACUACUCACUCAUUCACUCAGCAAAUAUAUACUGAAAUCCUAGUAAUACAUAUACCAGGCAUGAUUUUAGAAGGGGCGACCAACUAUAAACAAAGAGCUCUGCAAUAUGACAUCCAGAGGUGAAAAGUACCCUGAAGAAAUAGGAAGUGGGAGAAGAGGACAGAGAGUAUGAGAGGCUGCUGGCUUGGAUAGGAUGGUGAGGGAAGGCUUCUCGGAGGCAGUGAUGGAGCCCAGGUUUCAUUGAAGAGGAGGGAAAGUCAGGAGGUGGUCUGGGGGAUAAGCAUCCCAGGUCAAGGACCAGUCAGCAGUGAGUGGGGCUGGAGUGGAGCAAGGUUUGGGCAAGGUCAGAAAAAAACAACCACUAGAAGCUUUUCAACAAGGAGUGACAGUGUUUAAUGCACAUCCUCAAAUGAUCACUGUGGCUGUCGUGGGGCGAAGAAUGAAGAAUUAGAAGGGCGAAAGGUGGAAGUACUGAGUUCUGAAGCUGUGGUCCUGCAGAGAAAUGAUGGGGGUUUUCAGGAGAGUGAGCAGGGCCGAGGUGGUGACAAAGGAUGGAGGUGACCAAGAAAAGGAUGGGAUUGGAAUGUGUUUUGAUGCUCUAUGUGUCAAGAUUUGUUGAUGGUUUCCUCCAACCUCUCCAACGGGUUUCCUUCUCACUUACAGGAAGAGUCCACAGCCUAAGCAUGGCCGAGGAGGCUUUCUGUGCCAUGGCCCCAUCUCUCCUCUCCCCUCCUCUCUGGCCAUGCUGGCCUCCUCACCCUUCUGUGAACAGGUUGGGUGUGAUCCCACCUUUUGUGUUAGAUGUUCCCCCAGAUAUCAGGCAAGCAGGUAUUGACAUGCUUCCCCCGCCCCGACCCGGGGUUCUGAUCAAAUGUCACCUCAUCAGAACAUUUUUUCAUGAACAUCCUAGAUAAAUGAGACACUUUCUAUUCCCUGGCUGAUUAAUUUCUCUUUAUAGUACUUACUGACACCUGACAAGUCCAUAUACUAUAGGCAAAUAUAAAACAUGUUACGUAUUUAUUAUUCCCCGAAGGCAGGGAUUUGGUCUGUUUUGUUCACUAUGGAACAAAACUCCCGGAAUGGUGCCUGGCAUAUAGUAAAUGUUUAAUAAAUAUCUGUUAAAUUAAUAUGGUUGAAACAGAGAAUGGGAGAAGCAAAGAACGGCUCCCAGGCUUUGGGGUCUGAAUGAUGGUGCUAUUGAAGAUUUUUCAGAAUGUGGAUUGGGCCUCCUUUGCUAUGAGCCUGAAGCUGGAGUCCUGAACUGCUUCAUCUAUUGCAGGCUUGGAGAAGUCCUCAAUCCCUCUGGGCCCAUGGAAGCCUGAGAAAGUCCAGAAUCCUAGAGGGCUGGGCUCCCUUUCUCUUCCCACAGGAAAAGAGGAAGAAACUAGUGACCAGUCAAACUUUCUCUCCGUUCCGGAGACUGAAAGUCCCAUCAGUUGGAUUCCAGCCCCAGCACUGAUGCUGAAGACGCUACUACUCUGUGUUUGGUUUCCAGGCAAACAACUGGCUGCCCACUUUAAGAGACAAUAUCACUAAGCGCUUUUUUUUUAAUGCAAAAAGAAAGAAAUAAAAAAAGAACUACCUAUUUUCCUCAUUCCUGCAGGUGCCCAACCCGAUUGACUUGUUGGAGUACAUUUUCUGCAUUCUUAAUAGAUAGCUAGCAGGAAAUGCUUCGUAUAGGCUCAGCUAGAGGGGUAGAAAGUUAGUGAGGGGAGGGCACAAGAUCGCCAGGCCCUGCUCGGACCAGAGCUGAGCUGCUCUAAAGCAGGCCAGGCAGCGCCGGCCAGCAAAACACACCUUCGCCCGGCCAUAGCGUCUUGCUGUGUCUCCGCCGCCGAUGGUCGAGAAUUAAGCUCUCCCCUGAGUCACCAUGGAAGACGUGACGAAGACCACCGUCCUCACACAGAGCCCUAUCAAAACUGAAUGGAAUUCCCGCUGUGUCCUUUUCACCUAUUUCCAAGGGGACAUUAGCAGUGUGGUGGAUGAACACUUCUCCAGAGCUCUGGGCAAUGUCAAGAGCCCCCAGGGACAGAACCCUUCCAGCCCUAGCGGAGAUGUCCUGCUGAGGAAUGACAGUGACAUGCCUCCAAAUCAGUGGCGUUUCUCUGCUCCUUGGACAAAGCCACAGCCGGAAGUAUCUUUUGCAAAUGGCGCCACCAGCUGCAACUUGAAUGGAUCUGGUCUCAUGCCUAUGGAUCAGUACCCACUGUCCCUGACCGGGGGCCCCUCCAUUCAGCCUGGCGAGCUGUGGCAUUUCUCCUCCCUCGCCAGCCCCAGCUUCCCAGAGCCUGGCUACCCUCAUGCUUUUUCCACUGGGCACUUGGUUCCAGAGCCCCAGCCUGAGGGGAAGUAUGAGCCCCUCCUAAGUCUCCUCCAGCCAGAGAGAUGCCUAACCCAUCCUCAGGAAUCUGCCUCGUGGGAGGAUGGCAACUCUGCCCAGAUGGCCGGAAGCACAGGAUUUCUCUUCAACCUGCCUCCCAGCUCAGCCCACUUUAAGAAAAUCUAUUUCCCCCCUGAUGGUGGACCUGCCGGUGCCAGCUUUGCAGUUGAAAGAAGCCCGUCUCCAGAGAGAAGAAGAGAUCUGUUCUUUUACUGAACAUGGGUUUAAAGAAGAGAAUUCUUUUUCCGAACCUGCUUCUGGGUUUCUACUGUGAAUCCAGAGAGUCUGGAGACAUCACCGUCCUUUUCUCUUGUUGCCACCAAAGAGCACUGGGUUCAAAGCAAGUUUCUGUUCUCCCUGGAAUUCUAUACUUUUUCUUGGCACCUAUGCCCCGCAGCACAUUUAUUUGUUUUUGUUUUUUAAACUUGUUCAGUGAAUCUUGAACAUAUAAGAUGGUAAAAGAGCUGUUUAGUGGUGGGGAGCAAACCUGUAGAUUGUUUCCCCAAAAUGACAAAUUUCACCCUCUGUGUUCACUGCCCUCCUACUUAGCAAUUGGCCAACUUACCCUCCCUCAGCACGGUUGCCCACAUCAACACUGACCACGUGGUACCCAAUGGGGUUGUCCCACUCUUCCAAGUGAAUAGAGAGAUUCCAGAAACAGCCUGACGCUUUCUAGCCUUAACCAGAUGAUGCCCAGCUUCCCUGUUAAUGGCAUUGGCAAGACCCACAGACAGUGGCUGGGAGGUAGGACGGUUCCUGCAUCCUUGAAGUUUGAAGGGAAGCUGAAGAGGUCUCUGUUCUUUUUUAGGUGAUGGUUGGGAAAAUUCUGGGUGGAGGCUGACUCUAGCACUUGUGAUGCAUCAUUAUACAAGGGUGUUAUCUUGGCUCACUGUAGAAAGAUUCAUCUGUGUUAGAAGGUAAUAUGUACCAUCAGAGUUGAACUCUUAAUUACGCUAUUUAGGGAAAAAAAAUGAUUCCAAGAGGGCUGGCAUUUGGUGUAACCUGGGUAAUCUGAUGUUAUUUCCCUGAAAAUCCCUCAGCCUGGAUAUAAAGCUGAAAGCAGUAGUCAAUUUUCCCACAUUAACAAAGAGGAAAGAAAAGGCCUCCUGUCUCUGAAAGACCCCAGUGCCUCUGAUACAAGUAAAUCCCUGCCCAGAUCAUCUGUCUAGAACCAUCCUUUCUUACUUUCCCCCUCACUUCCAAAAAGCUAACUUGAAAAGCAUUUCUUUGACUACCAUUGGUAUUUUACUCUUGCUGACUGCACACAUACACAGGCCGGCCCCAUAUAUUAUCUGUGGGGCUUAAUCUACACUCCCAGUUGAUAAUCUCAUGAGAUGCUAGCUAGCUGGGGAAGGGGUGGAAUCAGGUGGAUCAAGGUUUGAAACUGGAAAGUCGGGCCCAAUAGGGCUAGAGCCCAUAAACACAUUUUUCUCUAAAGUUUUGAGAAACUGACAAAGGGCUUGAUCCACUCAGACUCACUGGCUGCGACCCCUUCCCCCUAAACACACCCAUUCCUGAACUUUAUGAUCUGAAAGAAUGGGAAUUGUUUCCAAUGGGCUGGAAACUCACUUGAAUACCUGGGUUAAAAAAGUAAUAAAAAGUAACAAUUUCCUUUUUUCAGGAAGCAAAAACUAUCAAGAAUUCAAAAUAAGGAUGUUUGCAAAGCCAGUUGAGACUUGCGUAGAAGCAGUUUUCCAUUCUAAAAAUCAAUAUCAAGUGUAACAAAACAAAGGAACCCCUCCAGAGAUAAAACGAAGUAGCUAUCUUUAUGUCACAUCUUUCUCCCAUAUAAACAAUCUCUGCCCUUUCCAUAACUAUUUCUCUAGCUUGACAUAAUUGAAAAGGAUUUUGUAACCCAUUUGUUUUUUCCAAAUGUGAAGAUUCCCUGGAGUAGGAAAUGGCAACCCAUUCCAGUAUUCUUGCCUGGAGAAUUCCAUGGAAAGAGGAACCUGGUGGGCUACAGUCCAUGGGGUCGCAAAGAAUCAGACACAACUGAACACACACGUACAGGUUGCUUAACAGAAACUUAUUUCUCACAGCUGGGAAGUCCAAGAUCAGGUAGAUUUGGUGUCUGGUGGGAACCUGUUUCCUGGUUCAUGACCAGUCAUCUUUUUGGUGUGUCCUCAGGUAAGGGAAGGAGUGAGGGUGUUUUCUGGGGUCUCUUACAUAAGGGCACUGAUCUCAUUCAUGAGGGCUCCACCCUCAUGGCCUCCUAAUCUCUCAAAGGCCUCACCUCCUAAUACCACAUUGGGGAUUAGGUCAAAACAUAAAUUUGGGGGUACACAUUCAGUCUGUAGUAGUCAUACAGCCUGAAAUUCUUCAGAGUCAGAAUUCCAAACUAGCUCUCCCCUUUCUAAGGAAAAUGUUCUAUUAGCCCAAGGGGAUUUCUUUGCAACUUUUUCCUUGGUUAUUGCUUAGUGGCUAACUUAUAUCCAACUCUUGUGACCCCAUGGACUGUAACGCACCAGGCUCCUCUGUCCAUGGGAUUUCCCAGGCAAGAAUAGUGGGGUGGAUUGCCAUUUCAAUUUUUUUAAAUUAAUUUUAACUUUUUAUUUUUACAAAAACCCUGCAUUUCAUGUCUCAAAACUUCUGCUCCUAGCCCUUGUGGGCCAUGAUGGUGGGAAACAGAACUCAGCUCUGAGAUCUGCGUUAAUAAAAGAGAAAACAUCA